AAACGUAUUUUAAAUAGGCACAUGCAGUACCAUGGAUAUUUCAGUUACAAGUGCGUGAUUUGUGGUUCUAAAUUCUCCAAAUAUGAUCAAUACUAUAAUCAUCGCAUGCAACACACUGGAUUACCUUAUAAAUGUGGCGUUUGUGAAAAGCAGUUUCCAGAUGCUUACAAGAUUAAGCGUCAUAUAAGAGGUGUGCACAAAAUUGAAGAAGACAAGGAGGUGCAGAAACUCGUUGUAAGAAUAAACAUAACAAAAGAAAUAAAUAAUAAAAUAAAUCGGUCUUAA